UUUUUUUGUCGAUUAUUUAUCAAGAAAGCAAAAAGGGUUCUUAUCAAAUCCACCAUAAAAUUGGAAAGAAGCAUAAAGUAAGUAGACCUGACUCCUUGAAUGAUGCCUCUAUCCGCUAUUCUGAUAUAUAAAUUCGAUGUAGAUGAAAUUGUAUAAGCGAAUUUUUCGUAUUUCCUUAGACUUAGACCGCGCAAGACAAGAAUUUUUCGCUAUUUACGAUUUCAUAUUCUUGUUACUAGAUGUUCUAUAGGAAUAAGAAGAAAUCGCAACUCCUUUGCGCUACACAUAAAAAUUGAUUUCGAAGGUCCUUUUUUUUUUCAGAAUCCUCCAUUUUAGUUCUUCCCCCCAUGCAAUAGAGAGGGAAUGGGAAAAAAGGGGUUACUUUUAUUUUCAUUUUUCCCUUAAAAGAUAGACUUUGAAAUAGGAGUCUUGGAAUAAUGCUGAAUUCAAAGGUUUAUUUCUAUAAGUAUAAGAUAAGAAAAACAAAUCGAAUCAAAUUCAUGGAUUUACAACGACCUCGGUUGUGACUCCAUAGAUAAAAAUGGAAAAUUUCUCUCUUCGAGACCAUUGAAAAAGGGCAUUGAACGAGAAAGAAAUCGUCCACAGAUAUAAAACUAUCAUAUGCCUUGGAAAGUGAUAUGAGGUGCUCGGAAAUGGUUGAAGUAAUUGAAUAGGAGGAUCACUAUGACUAUAGCCCUUGGUAGAGUUCCUAAAGAAGAAAAUGAUCUAUUUGAUACUAUGGAUGACUGGUUACGAAGGGACCGUUUCGUUUUUGUAGGAUGGUCUGGCCUAUUGCUCUUUCCUUGUGCUUAUUUCGCUUUAGGGGGUUGGUUUACAGGGACAACUUUUGUAACUUCUUGGUAUACCCAUGGAUUGGCAAGUUCCUAUUUGGAAGGUUGUAAUUUCUUAACCGCAGCAGUUUCUACCCCUGCCAAUAGUUUAGCACACUCUUUGUUGCUACUAUGGGGGCCAGAAGCACAAGGAGAUUUUACUCGUUGGUGUCAAUUAGGCGGUCUAUGGACUUUUGUAGCUCUCCACGGGGCUUUUGCACUAAUAGGUUUCAUGUUACGCCAAUUUGAACUUGCUCGGUCUGUUCAAUUGCGGCCUUAUAAUGCAAUCUCAUUCUCUGGUCCAAUUGCUGUUUUUGUUUCGGUAUUCCUUAUUUAUCCACUGGGGCAAUCUGGUUGGUUCUUUGCGCCGAGUUUUGGCGUAGCAGCGAUAUUUCGAUUCAUCCUUUUCUUCCAAGGAUUUCAUAAUUGGACGUUGAACCCAUUUCAUAUGAUGGGAGUUGCCGGAGUAUUAGGCGCGGCUCUGCUAUGCGCUAUUCAUGGAGCAACCGUAGAAAACACUCUAUUUGAGGACGGUGAUGGUGCAAAUACCUUCCGUGCUUUUAACCCAACUCAAGCUGAAGAAACUUAUUCAAUGGUCACUGCUAACCGCUUUUGGUCCCAAAUCUUUGGUGUUGCUUUUUCCAAUAAACGUUGGUUACAUUUCUUUAUGCUAUUUGUACCCGUCACCGGUUUAUGGAUGAGUGCUAUUGGCGUAGUUGGCUUGGCUCUGAACUUACGUGCCUAUGACUUUGUUUCCCAGGAAAUCCGUGCAGCGGAAGAUCCUGAAUUCGAGACUUUCUACACCAAAAAUAUUCUUUUAAACGAGGGUAUUCGUGCGUGGAUGGCAGCUCAGGAUCAGCCUCAUGAAAAUCUUAUAUUCCCUGAGGAGGUUCUACCACGUGGAAACGCUCUUUAAUGGAACUUUCGUUUUAGCUGGUCGUGACCAAGAAACCACCGGCUUUGCUUGGUGGGCUGGGAAUGCCAGACUUAUCAAUUUGUCCGGUAAACUACUUGGAGCUCACGUAGCCCAUGCCGGAUUAAUCGUA